AUGUCCGUGCGUUACGCGAUAAAGCAAGUGAAGCUUGUCCGAGCUGUUGGAUUUAGCUUUGGUUUGAGCGCAUUUGAGAAGAUGCUCUUUACCUGGGACACAACCAACCUUUGCAUCAUCUUCCGGUGGUGGCACAUUCGUUCUACCUUCUCCCUUCUCAUAUCCCUCCUUGGCGUCGUAGCCAUCACCGCCGGCUACGAAGGCAUUCGCUCCCUAGCCCGUCGCUAUGAAUCAUGGGUCGAGAAACAACAAGCAUCUAUAACUCGACGCAAUCAAGAGGAAGUGGGUCAGAGAGCACAUAUUAUUAAGGCAGCGUUAUAUGCUUUCCAGUAUUUUUAUGCGUUUAUGUUGAUGUUGCUUUUCAUGACAUAUAAUGGAUGGGUUAUGAUUUCAGUAGGAGUGGGUGCAUUUAAAGAAGUUCAAUAUCUCGAGGGACACGGAACGUUGGAGAGUGGUACAUGUCGAAAGCUUGACUUCAGCGCGAUUGAUUAG